AUGCAGCUGAGUAAAUCUAUAAAAAAUUAUCAGGGUCACGGCUUGUACCACGUUUGGGUCUUCUUCGUGACCAAAACCUUCUUUGACCUGGCAUGGCUCGUGACCCUGCCAUUAAUGACCAGCGGCCCAACGUACUUCAUUGUUGGACUGAACUUGGACCCAUGGUCCAGAAUGCCAUUAACCGUGCUGUACUUGAUCCUGCUCACGGCCACCAACGCAUCCUUGGGCUACUUGUUCGGCAUCGUCUUCCAGAGGGUUUCCGUGGUUUUACCCAUGAUAGCCUUUGUGAAUCUCGUGUUGUAUGUUGCCGGCGGCGGGUUCUUUGCUAACCCAAGGGCCUUACCUCAGAUGAUAGCGUGGAUUCACAAGGCAUCCUGGUUCUUCUACACGUCCGAAGGCCUGUUUGCGAACCAAUGGGCAGACGUGCGCUUCAAAUGCUUCGAAGAAACCAACACCACGAGCCCAGAUUGUCCUUAUCCGGAUGGAAAUGCAGUCCUGGAGACACUAGGAAUGAGCCCCGAGGGCAGGUUCAGGAACCUCGGGGUCAUAGCCAGCAUUUUGGCAGGAAUGCGGGUUGCUGCGAUUCUACUGCUCUACAUGAGGACUCGGGCUUCCUUGCAAAAGGGGUCUUGAUUCCAGAUUGUUCUUCUUGGUUUCUUUGGCUCGUCAUGAUGACUGAAACGUAUUCGAUUGUCAUCUUAGGAAAUAAAUACUUGAUCACCGUCAAAAUAAAACAUUUUCCCAGCACAAACAAAAAUCUUUCGACAACGAAGCCUUUACGACUUGGAAAAAAACCUUCAGUCUAACCGAAAAUUCCUUAUAAUGAGCCUUGGCCGAGUAUUGCCGAUUGAUUCCAAAAACCUCUCGGAACCAUGACUUUCGAACUAAUGCGAAAGUAAAUUAAAUGAAC